CAAGAAAAUAAAAAAAAAAAUAUCCAGAGAAAGAGAGAGAGAUGGCGGAUUUGUUUGAUAAGCAAGCGAAAGAAUACUCGAUGACUCGUCCAACUUACCCGGACGAACUAUACGAGUUCAUUACCUCUAAAACCCCAAACCACGACCUUGUUUGGGAUGUUGGUACUGGCAGUGGUCAAGCUGCUGUUCGUCUGUCAGAAAUUUACAAGAAAGUUAUAGCGACGGACACAAGUUCCCAGCAACUAGCUUUUGCCAUCAAGAACCAAAACAUUCGCUACCAACAAACCUCUACCAAUAUGUCUAAAUCUGAACUUGAACGCGAUGUUGCCAAACAAGAAACUGUCGAUCUCAUAACUGUAGCACAAGCCCUUCACUGGUUUGAUCUCACAACCUUCUAUCAACACGUAACUUGGGUCCUCCGGAAACCCCAUGGGGUUCUUGCAGUGUGGUGCUAUACAACACCUGAAGUGGACGAUAAUGUUGAUGCCAUUUUCCAGCUCCUAUACAAAGAGUCUGCGCCUUAUUGGGAUCCAGCUCGUAAACUUAUUGAUGAUAAAUAUGAAAGUAUACAUUUCCCGUUCCAACCUGUGGAAGGAAUGGAUCAUACCGGUCCAUUUAGGUUUGUGACGAAGAGAUUGAUGGAUUUGGACAUGUACUUCACUUAUAUAAGAUCAUGGUCGGCAUACCAAACUGCACGUUCCAAAAAUGUUGAGCUUUUAAGGGAAGAAUUAGUUGAUGAAUUUAAGCGUGCUUGGGGAGGCAGUGGCAUUAUUCGAAAGGAGGUUAGGUAUCCUAUUUAUCUCAUGAUGGGCAGGGUGGGGGAUGAAGUGCCUAAAUAGAUUGUUACUUCGGCAUUGUAUUUAUAUUGUUCAUUUUUCUUGGAGUAGUCUGCUUUAUUUUUUCACGCAAUUGUGUACUAGCUUAUCUGGCCCGAGUCCCCCUGACUCGCCGAUAACAAAAAAAAAAAAAAAAUUGUAACA